UCUGGAGUCACAUGAUCAUUUCGACUUCUGGCAUAGGUGUUAAUUUCAAUGGAGCUACAACUCCUCCUUACAUUGCCAUGGAUUGCUGGCCUGUUCUGUCAGACAGAGCUUUACACUUUCAAGCAUGUUAAAGUUUUUGCAUCAUCUACAAGCCCAAAUGAGGGGGAAAAUGUGACUCUGAAGUGUGCUGUAUGUGGUGGAAAUUCCUCUGCGAACUAUCAUAUGUACCUUUGCAAGAAUGGUGUUGCUGUUCAAAUGCAGAAACUGACUGGUGAUAAUGACGCCAUAUUUGCUCUCACUACUAUUACAUCACGAGAAUCAGGCAAUUACAGCUGUGUUUAUGCCAAUAAGAAAAUUCCAUACAGUGAGGUGAAUUCAACAGGCAAAUAUUCCAUAAUCAUCCAGGUUAAAUCUGAGAACAAAUCCCUGCCAGGUACACUUACUACUACGUUAGCUCCAGAUGGCCAGAAAUAUGAAGUCAUUCAGUUGAUUCUAAUCUUGAUUGCGAUUCUGUUGGCAUUACUGGGGAUGUGCUAUAUUGCCUAUAGAAAAAUAUACAAAACAAUUUUGUUUACUUUCCCCACAGUCAACACAGCAUCAGCAGAUAACACCCUUGAUGAUAAUGUUCUAUACUAUGACCACACUGGACAGCCUGUUCAGGACAUCUACGAUAGUUAGCAUUGAACUAACAUUGAGGCAUCAUCAUUCAACUAAACAACAUCUACUGUAACUAACGACUAAACUGUCGGACCAACAGAGUUUGAACCAUGAUAGUUUAACAACUUCAGGGGGAUAUUCCAGAAAGGAGGUUUAACACUGAGAUAAACUGUAAACUCCAGGUUGUCUUAACCUGUGACAAAUAAAUCUGGACUGUCGGUUCCAAAACACUGGUUAUGAAUUAGUUCAAUCAAUCAAGUGUUUAUAACGAGUUGUGCGAGUUCACUGAGAGUCAAAAUCAUGAGUGAAAGCGAAGAGCACCAUAUUUUUCAGAGGCGGAGCAGCAAGUGCUCUUCGAGGCUUAUGAGGAGGAGAGAGCUGUAUUAAGACAAAAGUGUGUCUGCUAAGGAACGCAACCUUGCUUGGCAGGUAAUAGCCUAACAGACCACAUAAAUGUGUACGUUUAGGAUAGACAUUACGUAUUGACAGCUUUGUAUGAUGCACCUCCAUGUUCGUGAGAAGAGGUGAAGUAGAACAUCACAUAUCACAUAACUAUUAAAAUAACAUUGUGCAGUGGAAAUAAAAUAUGCCUAGUUUAUGAAAAGCUUCUUGAUUGGCUCUUGUGUUGUGUCCCAUCAAUGCAGCCAAUGACAUUUUGAAAGCCUGAAAUAGCCAAGGCCUAUUAAUUGAAAGCUCACCAGCAAAGAUAAUUUCAAUGAAAAUUUGGAAAAUUUGUUCUAGCGGACAUAACCUGAGAACCUGAACAAAACCCUACCCCCUACCAGGUUAAGUUCAGAGUUACCAUAGUGACUUACAUAGCCUGACUAUUUUGGAGCUGAAAACCAAGGUUCACUUCUUACUCUGGGUGACCAUGCCCUGAUAAGCCAGUAAACCUGCUUUCUGGAAUUACCCCCCAGUAGGCUGAACUGACAUGAACAAUGACACCUGCAAAUGGCAGCUUACCCAGAC